AUGGGAAGUUCUUUUCCACAUUUCUGGAUCUUUUCACUAUUGCUCUCAGUUUCUUGCUUUUCAUCAGCACUUCACUUGACCUCUUCUUCUUCACCUCAUGUUUACAUAGUUUACCUAGGGCUCAGCAAAAAGUAUGAACCAAUUCUUACCACCAAUCAUCAUCACGAGCUCCUUUCUAAUGUCUUUCUCAGGAAAGAGGAAACCAAGAAAUCCAUGUUAUAUAGCUACAGACGAAGCUUCUCAGGAUUUUCAGCUAUCCUUAACUCUACCCAAGCUACUGUCUUAUCGAGAGUGAAAGGAGUGGUAUCAGUUUUCAAGAGCAGAAUGUUGAAGAUACACACCACCAGAAGCUGGGACUUCUUGGGCCUUACUUUGGCAGAUAUAUCAGAUCAUCAUCAAGUAUCAAAACCAACAAAGUUAGGUUAUGGUGGAGAAGACAUAAUUGUUGCCGUCUUAGAUACAGGUGUAUGGCCUGAAUCAGAUAGCUUCCAUGAAGAACCCGAACUGGGUCCAGUCCCAAAAUCAUGGAAAGGAAAAUGUGUAGCAGGCGACCGAUUCGAUCCCAAAAUAUCCUGCAACCGGAAGCUCGUGGGAGCCCGUUUCUAUCUAAAGGGUUUCGAGGAAGAAUAUGGGCCUCUCAGCAUUAGCAGUAAAUCAGAAUACAGAUCAGCACGCGACCUUGUCGGUCACGGCACUCAUGUAGCCUCGACUGCCGUCGGAUCCGUGUCGAGAAAUGCAAGCUUCAUCGGAUUGGGUAAGGGAAUCGCCAGAGGAGGCGCCUCUAGGGCACGUUUGGCUGUGUACAAGGUCUGCUGGAGCAGGGAUUUCGUAGGGAUAUGUUCGGAGGCUGACAUACUUGCUGCAUUUGAUCAAGCAGUGCAUGAUGGGGUAAACGUGAUAUCGGCGUCAUACGGCGUGACACCUCCAUUGAUGCCUUUUUUCUCUUCAAGCGCCGACAUUGGAUCGUUUCAUGCUAUGCAGGCCGGCAUUAGCGUGGUUUUCUCGGCUGGAAAUGACGGACCAGAACCGUCAUUGGUGCAGAAUGUUGCUCCGUGGGCAACUUGUGUUGCUGCUUCAUCCAUUGAUCGUAACUUUCCCACCCGGGUAGUGCUGGACAACAGCAAUCUCUCUUUCACGGCAGAAAGUAUUAAUGUGAAGCAAAUCAAAGGAAGACUGGUAGAUGCAUCAGAUUAUUUCAUUGGAGGGAUAUGUAGAUCACAGAAUUGGAGGAAACAGGCAGCAAUUGGAAAGAUAAUAUUGUGUUUCUCGAGCAUAGGAUCAAUCACAAGCGGCACAGCCCAAGUAGCUGCAUUUGUAGCAAACGCAUCAGCCCUCAUAUUCGUUGAACCCCCAACUAAGCAAAUUGCUGAUCUCGACAUUAUUCCCACAAUUCGGGUCAACAUUGAUUUGGGGACCAAAAUCUUUUAUUACAUUGUUCAAUCCCCCAAGCAACCAAAAGUGGUGAUAUCACCAAGCUCCACAGUCAUAGAAGAGGCAGUGGCCCCUAUUGUGGCACCCUUUUCCUCAAGGGGUCCAAGCUCCAUUUCACCUGACAUUCUCAAGCCAGAUGUGAGUGCUCCGGGGGUUAAUAUACUGGCAGCUUGGCCUCCUAAAGCAUCUCCAACAGGAUUGCCAAGCAUUGAUAAGAGAUCCCUUCUCUGGAAUUUCCAGUCAGGUACAUCAAUGUCAUGUCCCCAUGUUUCCGGAAUCAUUGCACUUAUCAAGUCUGUGCAUCCCGAUUGGUCUCCAGCUGCUAUUAGAUCCGCCCUCAUCACCACAGCUUACAACAUGGAUAAAUCCGGAGAUAUUAUCUCUUAUGGGGGCAUAGCCAAAGGUUCCGAUCCAUUUGACGUAGGAGCAGGACAUGUCGAUCCUUUGAAAGCAUUGGAUCCUGGUCUCGUUUAUGACAUAAAGCCGAUAGACUAUAUCUUCUACCUUUGCAACAUUGGGUACGAUGAGGACACAAUUGCAAUUCUAUCUCCCGACACCACUGUCACCUGCCCCAAAGGACAGAAGAAGACAACUAACUUUAACCUCAACUACCCCUCUAUCGUUGUUCCUAACCUUGAAAAGUCCACGGUUAUUAAAAGGACAGUUCGUAUUGUUGAUGAACUUAAAACUGCAGUGUAUUUUGUUAGCAUUGUGGAGCCCAAUGGAGUGGAAGUGAGUGUUUGGCCGAGGUUGUUGGCCUUCUCUUGGUUCAAGGAAGAGGCCUCAUAUUAUGUCACGCUCAAGCCAACAAAGAAGUCCAAGGAAAGGUAUGACUUUGGAGAGAUCGUUUGGACAGAUGGGUUUCAUUGUGUUAGGACCCCACUUGUCGUUCGUGUCAACAAUACCGAUUCAACUCUCAUUUCCAAACUUUAAAUUUUCACAUUUGCUCGGUUGAGUGGAACUGCAUUCUUCUUCACCAUCACAAAUAUUGAUUAAAAGCAUUUUUUUUUCACAAUCACAAAUAUUGAUAUUAUAAAACGGUUAACAAGGAGUUUAAAAUAUA